AUGAGCUCUUUACUUAUACCGACGACUUGCAAAAGGAUCCAAGGUAGUUUUGCUACGUGCUCAAUCUCAACCAGGAUCACAACCUCUUGCAACUUCAGUCCUAGAAUGGAGAUUUCUCGAAAAGAAAGUUCAACACUAAAGAAAAGUCUGUUGAAGCGUCGCUUUAGACCUGAGGACGGAAAAUAUCUACAGUAUUAUAGCAAUAGAUUGGGUAGAGCUGAC